UUGUUGCAGGCUCAGGUACUCCUCGGAGACUCUUCAUCUCUGCUCAUCACUUCCAGGUCAACUCCACCUCCAUCUUCACCUCCACCAUGUCUGUCUCACUCAGCCGCCAAAGAAGCCAGAGCUACAGCGCUCAGAGUAUGACCAGCAGCUCUCUGAGCCUGAGAGGAGGAAUGCAGCAGGUUGCCGGAGGAAUGCAGCAGGUUGCCGGAGGCAGCCAGGGCUUCCUCCUCUACAACGGCGGGUCACUGAAGCAGGGCCGCUCGCCCAGUGUGUAUGGGGGCGCCGGGGGUUAUGGGACCCGCAUCUCCCACUCAAUCUUUUCCUCUGGGUCAGUGAACCAGUACAAUGAAAGCGCAGUGGUCAACAAUGAGAAGCUGACCAUGCAGAACCUCAACGACCGCCUGGCAUCCUACCUGGAGAAGGUACGCACCCUGGAGUCCGCCAAUAGGACGCUGGAACUGCAGAUCAGAGAGUACUGUGAGAAGAGAGUUCCCUCUUUCGCCGCUGACUUUACAAAGUACUUCGCCAUCAUCACUGAUCUCCGUGCCCAGAUCUUGCAGAGAUUUUUAGGUAACCAACGCAUCACACUGCAGAUGGACAAUGCUCAACUGGCUGUGGAAGACUUUCAAGUAAAGUAUGAGACAGAGCUGAGCAUGUAUUCCACAGUGCAGGCUGAUGUAAAUCGUCUCAAAGGGGUCCGGGACAGCAUGACCCUCGGCAUCAGCGACCUACAGAUGAGUAUAGAAUCUAUGAAAGAGGAGCUGGUGUACAUGAGGAGCAGCCACCAGGAGGAGUUGCGUGUGAUGAGGGAGCAGCAGAGUGGCUCGGUGGAUGUGAGGGUCGACAGCGCCGAGUCUGUAGAUAUGGCGCAGGAGCUGAAGGAAACGAGGGAGGAGUAUGAAGCCCUGAUGGUGAAGAACAUACAGGAAGUGGAGAAAUGGUUCCAAGCUAAGGUGGACGAACUCAGUGUGAAAGUCAAAGAUUCUACCAUAGAGGUGACUUCAUAUUCCACGGAGCUGUCAGAACAGAAGAGGAUCUACCAGAGCUUGGAGAUAAGUCUGGAAGGCAUCCUCACAGAGAUUCAGUGCAGACAGAGGACUUUGGAAGAGUCAAAUAUCCGGUUCAACACCCUGCUCAGCCAGAAUCAGCUCCACAUCAACACGCUGGAGCUGGAGCUGCAGAGUCUGCUGUCGUCCAUUGAUCAGCAGAAGAGUGAGUACAACAUCCUGCUGGACAUCAAGAUGAGGCUGGAGCUGGAGAUUGCGGAGUACAGGAGGCUGCUGGACGGAGAGACGCGUGAGAGGGGGUUGAUUCAGGAGAAAAGGGCCUACGUUAUCAAAGAGGUUGUGGAAGUGGAAGAGCACAAACCCCAUAUCGAGAGGAGGACGAAGACCAUCACGGAGGAAAUAAUCGAUGGGAAGGUGGUGUCCUCCACUAUGGACACUGAGGUAGUAGAGAUUCAGUAACACCUCUGCUGACAGUAAACUCGCAUUUUAAGUCGAUUUUGAUUUGUUUUAAUUGCAAUUAUAUAGCAGGGAUGUAGCAAGUAAUCAUGCUCCUCCUACUUUAAUGAUUCAGCUGGUUAAAAAAGGGGGAUUUAUUAUAUGUAUACUCCUGGGUAGCUUGUGAAUUUCACCAAUGGAUUAAGAAGGUUGACUUAUACCUAACAUAAUACAUGAUUGAUUAUAUCUGUAUUAUAAAUCAGUAUCUUGAAUGUAACCAAAGCUAUUCAAUCAAAGUAUUGCUGUAGAAAAUACAUUAUUUGCCUAUAGUUUGCAAUAGAGUAGAAGUAUAAAGUAGUAGGAAAUAGACAGCUAGUCAACUAGAGAACAAGUGAUUCAAAUUGUGUUUGAUGUAGAUGUAAUUAGUUACUGUCCACACCAAAAUAUGACAUACAUAAAAAGCUAAGAUGAAAAAAUGCAUUGUUCCUCUCAAAUGUGUAUUAAAAUUCAAAAACGUUUUGUUUUAUAACUGAGGUGUCAGGAUUUGAGCACGUUUUAGCUCAUGCAAAAAAAAACUAUUAAAACUAAAACCCAACUUGUGGUAGGGUUUCUUUGUAUCUUUACUGUGUGAAUCUUCUGCUUAAAAUUAACCCAAUACGUCACAAUAAAGCAAAAUCGGACUAAUUUAAAUGAAAA